AUGUGGGGAUACAGCAACAACCCCCUCGCGGCGCAGAUCCACGUCGAGUUCAGCACAGGCGUCGUCGACCUCAUCGGGAGCGCACAGACUGGCACGUCCUACUCGCUCCCGGGUACCGUGUUCCUCGUCUUCCCCGCCCUCGCGCCGUUCGAGCGCUUCCGUGUCGUGCGAGACCUCAGCGUCACACUCGAGGCUAAGAGCGAGUACUUUGACGACCAUGGGCGGUACACGCCGAUGCGCCUGCACACCGCGAGCUUUGCGCUGCUAGCGUCGGCGCUCCAGGUCCCGCCAUCGGAUGGCAGCACGCGCAGCCUGACACUCGCGGUGCCGUUCGACCUCAGAGUGCCGGGGUGGGUGCCGAGCUCGUACGCGGGCGUGUUCGCGCAGACGGCGUUCGGCGUCGUCGCAGCAGCGAAGAUGGCGUGGGCGCGCCCCCGUCUCCUGCGCGAAGCAGACACCCACACCUCCACAUCGGCGUACGCGCCCUUCCUCGUCCGCCGCCACCGCAUGCCCACAGCCAUCAGCCCCGAGUCCGCCAUCCGCCUCCGCGCGCACCAUGUGCGCCGGGACGGCCCGCUAGACGCCACGUUCCACGUGCCCGAGUGGGUCGACAUGCACGGCGGCGACCGCAGCCUGCGCGUGUCGGUCCUCCUCCGCGUCCCGGAGGACAGCGAGGCCGACGAGGUGCUCGUCACCGAGAUUGGCAUGGAGGUGGAGGAGACGGACCGGUAUUGCUCAACGCGUCUGCCGUCAUACGGGCUUUCCUUCCCCAUUCCGCUCGAGCAGCCUACGCGUUUUGGCCGCCAACACCCCCUGCUUCUGGGCGACACGGACCUGCCCAUCCGCGCCGUGGUGAAGCGUGCGUGCCUGCUCUCCGACGAGGGGCUGCAGCGCAACUUUUGUUUCGCCGCCUCGGGCCUGCGCAUCGGACGCAAGUGGCGCAAGGUGAACGUCAUCUUACCUCUCCCCGAUGCAAGCAGCACCGCCGCCCCUCAGGCAGACUACGACGGGCCGUUCGUGCGCCGCGCGCACCUCCUCAAGACGACCCUCAAGUACCGCCUGCCUGGCGGUGACAUCCUCCCUAUCACCUUUGCCACCCCAAUUCGCUUCGGCACCGCACCGCACACGAUGCCCAUGGAGUCGGCCGCCCCACCCGCCUACAUCCAGGUGUUUGAGGAGAACGGCGAGCCCCGCGACUGCGACCCCCUCCCGCUCUACCUGCCCCCUCCGCCGCCGGGCCCGGUGCCGGCGUAUGCCAGCCCGCCGAGCAGGUGGCGCGAGCUCGAACCACCCCCGCCGACGACGCUGGCUGGCCCAGCGUUCGAGGCUUCGGUCGCAUCCCCGACCCCCUUGCCCGCCGAUCUCCCGUCUCCGAACCACACCGACGAGUCGAUGGCCUCCGAGCCUCGCACUUCUGUUGACGACGCCCGCGGGCCGGCCUUCAAGAUGUCCAUAGCCCACCUCCUCGCACCUACGCCCGCCAGCAGCUCUCGCGUCGAAUUUGAAUAA